AUGGACCAUUGUGAAUAUACAAAUGAAGAAGGUGAUGUUCUCGAGGAGCAUGAAGUUGUACGAACAUUCAAAAAACACUACUUUGAUGGCAAGGAUGAGAUGCACAUUGCAGCCAUUAAGGCCAUAGCACAAAUUUUACAAAGCAAUUCCACAAAGACUAACUUCGAAUUGUUUAUUAACUUAAGUGAAGCUAAAAUGAAGCUAAAUAAUUUUUUGAAAAACAAGAAAACGCAAAAAGAGAUUAUAGCUAUGCCCCAUUCUAAGCGAAUGACCAUUUAUCCUAUUCUUUCCUCUAGCGAUAUUUAUCUUCACUUUUUAGUGAAAAAAUAUACACAUAAUGAGAACAACUUUUCCAACAUGAAAAGCCUGAUGACCAGGGGCGCGAAUAAUUUUCCGGAAAGUGUUAAAAAAAGUUUAACUGCCAUAGGAAAUAGAAGCAAUAGCAUGUUCAUUAAUAGGAAGACAACCAUCUUAACACAUAGCAAUUCUGAAUGUGUAAAAAGCUUGUUAUUAAAUGUUGUAAAAAAUCAAAUGAAACAGGUGAGUGUCUAUUUUACCAGCACAGAAUAUAUUUGUGAGGACUAUUUGAAGAAAGACAAAAAUUUCGAUGACAAGUUUAUUCAAGAUUUGCAGAAAGAAAAUAUUAAGGUAACCAAAAUUCAUUUUAAUAAUGUUAAGGAUAUAUUAGGUACAAUCGACUUUGUAGUUAUAGGAACAGAACUCGUGUUUGACAAUGGGGGAAUUAUUAACAAAAAAGGUAUUAAAGUCUUAGCCGAAUUAUGUUCAUUAAAUAAAAAAGAAUUUUAUGUCGCAUGUGAAGCAUAUAAAUUUUUAAAAAUUGAGAGAAUAAAAAAUUGGUCUCAUGAUCUUUAUUCUUACUGUACCAAAAAUAUAGCUACCGAAGCUGGAAAUUUUUAUGAAUUUCUACCACACCAUUUUAUUACUCUUUUUUACACGGACAUUGGAAUUUUUCCUCCAUCUGCAAUAUCGUACGAACUGAAUCAAAUAUACAUAAACGACGCUAUAUAA